GCGUGGAUUCAGUGGGUCUCCAGUGGUCGUUAGCGACGGUUUGCCGCGUCCGUCAUCGGUUAUACACGUGCGUUUGGCGUGUGUCGACGCAGCCGCCGCAUCAUAAAAUAUUAUUUAUGCACGUUGUAUGUAAAUAAUUUGUGUGUUAUGCGACGCAAGUGUCAGCGUGUGCUUUAUUACUCGUCCGUCGACCUGUAAACGUUUUUUAUUAAUUUAUUUAGUUUUUUUUUAAUUAAUCCGGUUUAAAAAAAAAUGUUUUAAUUCUUUUUUAUAAAUUUUUUGUCGCUCGAUAGUGUCGUGUUAGCAUGGUCAAAAAAUUAAUUUCUCUAUUGUUUACCGUUACCGCGAGUCGUGUUCUACUUAGAUAUUAUUAUUAUUAAUAUACGUCAGGUAUUAUUAUGUAAAUAAACCAAAAAAAGGACACCGUACCGAGAAGCGAACUGCCUUUAACGACGCCGUCUAAGAGAAUUGCUCGGAACGUUCUCAUACGGAUGUAUUUAUUCAUUUUUCGUUCAUUAUUAUCAAGUACUGAGAAUUUAUGAAGAUUACAACUAUGGUUUCAGUGGUGUCACAUCAGCGACAACGUGUCUCUAAGUUAAAGUACAUUACGCCACGUCAACGCCACUGUCGACCGAACAGAGCCAUCGACGCUUGAUCACGUCUCCUGCGUGUUCCACCGGCGCAGGCGGUCGCGAUUGCCGUGAUCGCGUUCGGCCAGGUCCGCCAGUGGCGCAAUUACCAUGUGACAGCAACGGCCGACCGCCGGCGGUAAUCGAGACGUGCCGCGGCAUGCGUACCCGUCCGCAACGGUCCGUCGCGUCGAGAUCCACGGUUUCUCCUUGGACGGUGCUGGUGUGGCUGUUAUCGACGGUGGCGUUUGCCAAGGGAACGGCGUCCCCGGUUUGCGGCACGCCGCCCGACCGGCCGUUGACGGCGUCCAAGGGAGUGAUCACCACGCCGCGGUUCCCGGGUCCGUUCUCCGUGCCGAUCGAAUGCGAGUGGGUGAUCAGCAAUCAGUCCAAUAACACCAUUAUCGAGGUGUACCUCACGCAACUGUACAUCCUCGACGGGUUUACCGUCACCGAGUACAGCUAUUACGGUAAAGACUACGACGUGCCCGGUCGCGAGGUGUUCAACAAGACACAUAUAGCGCAAUACGCGCAGUCCAUGCUGUCCACGCAACCGUACGUGGUCAUCAGGUUCAAGAUGGACAGGCUGGAGGGCAACCACAUCCGAGUGUACGACGACCUAAUGAACGUAUACGGGUUCAACAUAACGUACGAAGUGCGGCCGUUGAAUGACGAGAGGAACGACGUGUGCAGUCUGUUGAAGUGCUCGUUCUCCGGCAACUGUUUGGGCAACGCUGACCUCACGUUAUAUUCAUGCUCGUGUUUUGCUGGAUUUUUUGGAAGUGAUUGCGGAUUUGGUCCAAUAUGCAAACUUGACAAAAACAACGAGUCGUGUGAAAAUGGCGGCAUAUGCAGACACGCCGGCCGGUUGAUUGCGGUAUGCACUUGCCCUGAUGGAUUCACCGGUGGUAACUGUGAAGUGCCCGUGGUCAAAGCCACCUCCGAAUGCGGUACGUCUGUUCACUGUAUGCAACAGUGCAGUGUUAACGAAGACACAACCAUAGCUAAUGGACCAUGCUCUUGUCGCACAUAUAAGAAUGUGUCCGCACCGAUAGAUUCGCGGUAUCACGUUGAAAUUAAGUUAGUGAAUAUAACAUCAUUAGAAGAUAAAGAUAUCAAAGAAUUAUUGAAACAAAAAAUUAUAAAAUAUUUUAAAAAACAUUCAAAGACUACCUGUUCCUCACAUGAAGAUUGCAACUUAAGAAUAACAUUUGUCGAGUCAAGCACUGGUGAAGUUCAUUUUGAGUUUUAUUCUCGGAAAUCGGAUCACAAACACGUACAAGGCCUGUUGAAUAGCAUGAUAUCCAAUGGCUCUCUACCAGGCCCCAGACCCGUGCCAUUAGUGAAGACUUCGUUAUCUUUUCACCAAGAAACGGCUCUUUGGCUAAGCAAAAUAGAAGUGAACAAAAAUCCAAAUGUACCCGAAGGCGAACAAUUCAUCAUAUCUUGUAUUGCUCAGGGUUCAUCAUCGAUGCAGUACAGAUGGUUCAAGGACGGCUAUCCGGUCAAUGAGUCUAUAGCUACUACCAGACAAAUUUGGACAACCGUUUAUAAGGACAAAGUGGAAAAGAAUGUCAUGCUGGUUGUAGAGCACGCUGACCUUAUGGACACUGGAACCUACACGUGCGAGUUGACCGACCAUACACGCCAACAGUGCAAGUCCAUUAAAGUAUCGGUUAUCCCAUUUCCCGAGAUCAUCGUCAGGCCUACAGCCACAGUACAAAAGGGUGACAGCUUGUCCAUACCAUGCAUUUCGAAAAACGAAUUUAAGAAGUUCGGCUACACGUGGACCAGCAGUAGCGGUGGUCUAGUUACGAUGUCGCCACCAGAAUUGUAUUGGGAAGACUUUCACCGUGGAGGCAGUAUACUAUACGUAAACAAUAUACAGCAAUCAGAAAUCUACACGUGUUCGGCCGCCAACAACUUGUCUGGAAAGCGUAACGCUUCUAUGCACGUGCACGUGAUCAACACGACCGACACUGCAUAUUGUAAACCUGUCGACGGGUGGCCUUUAACCCUUUCAGGUACUAUAGCUUCGAUCGAUUGCCCUAAUAAGUCGUCGACCAACUACGCUACUCGGCCAUGUCAAUUGAAUUCGUCAAACAUUACCGAAUGGCAAGUCCCCGAUUACUCAUCUUGUGCACCCGACUAUUUGAAGAAAAUCACCAAAAACUUUCAAAUCAGAACGUUGGGGUUUGAACGAAACGUGACAGCUACCGAGACGUUGAAUUUGUUGUACGCUGACAUUAGCAAAACUGAAGAAUGGCAUCCUGGCGAAGGUGAACCGAUUGUCGAUUUUCUUAGAUCGGUUACCAAAUUUUUAAUGAAAUCAGCUCAGUUAAGUGAUUUGGACCGGGCGACGCAUAGUUUCAAUGGCAUACUAGACGUUUUGCUGAGAAAUAAAUCCAUCGCCAAGGUUUCGAAAAUCGCUCAAAUGGUAGAAAUGGUAGAAGAGUGGACGAUGUUAGAGGCGUUUUACAUAGUCACCAGCAAUGGAACCAAACGGUUUACCAACCGAAUAACGAACCUGGCCAUUGAUUCGGCUUCGGAAGUGGUCGGCGAGUCGAGCAAGAAUAUUACAUUCACGUUUUUUAACCACAGGAACACGACGGCAACCGCUCAACUACCCAAAGUGGUGGUGUCCGCGUACGACAUAGAAAUCGACAAAUGGAUUAACAAGUCUUUCAACGUUGGAGUGAUCACGUACAACAACUUGUCUCAGUACUUUCCGAAAAACUAUUUCCUAUCGCCCAAUGGCAACGACGAAUUUGUGUUUGAUCUGAAAACGCCAAUUGUCAAGGUGAUCGUAGCGCGAGACGGCCAACGCAUACACAUGCCGACAAUGGAGACGACAAUUGAUUUCGUCUUGAAACUACCCGAAAUCAACGGUACUUGGAACUUGACUUGUACGGUCACCGCUUCGACGAGCCAAAAAUGGAACGAGACCGCUUGCCGGAUAUCCGAGGCCGGUUCACCGGAAAAUGUCACUCGGUGUCAUUGUCCUUCCGCCGGUCUGUUCGCCGUGUUCGCCAGGGCUGUGCCACAGUCUUUACAGAUAAUCGAAACGCUAAAACAAGACGUAAUUGUGAUAAUCGGAUGUGUUUGUUGUCUGAUACAGUCCACAAUAGCACUGAUACUGUUAUUCGUCCAUUGGAUUAGACAUCCAACGUGCAUAUUGUAUCUCAAGAUUCAACUGUGUUUGGCAAUUGUCGCUCAAAUGUGCAUGUUUUUAUACGCCGUACAAAAAAAUGAUUAUGCGUACUUCUCGUUGUGUUUGCAAAUAGUGAACAUUGUCGAGGCCACUUCACACCUAAGUCAAGUGCUCAUUGUUUACACAGAGAUAAUCAGCUUCCCUAUGUUUCCCACAAUAAAAUUGUCUAUUAUCGGUGUAGCAACAGCCGCUCCAGUGUUGUUUGUGCUCACCAUCAUGUUAAUUACGAACAUUGUUAGCGUCACUCCCUUACGGCCGUGGUGGUCGUGGGUGGAGAAAUCGGCAUUUUUAUACAUUUAUUUUGUACUUUUUGUACUGCUCAUGCUCAUGUACGUGUCUGUGCUGUCCAUUUCCGUAUCCAAGAUGAAAUUCAUCAAGGAAAAACUGCAACGCAACACGCCGGGUUGUUUGAAAAAAUGGAUGGGCCUGAUUAAGAGGUCAGUGGCCGUUCUUUUGAUGGUUGUCGCCACAACUGUAUUUAGUAUUCAGUACUUCAUUUAUUUGGAAAAACAUUUCAAUUACAUCUUCAGCCUUUCUUGUGCUCUGAAAGGAUUCGUCGUUUUGUUUUGCUACAUACUUUAUACAGAAGAGCCGAUCAACUUAAAAACCGUUUAUCGUCUGAAAUACCCACACGACCAGUCAACCGGCGAAAUCCAUUCAGACUCGGACGGAAGUCUGUUGAACUGUUUACCUAAAGAAAUCGUUGAGUUUGAAACUAAGCAGCUGGCAAAAAGUGACAUACUGGAAAUCGUGGACAGUCCUCAAGAGUAUUUUGUAAAUCAAGGAAAACCUGUGUCGGUCGUCAGCAAUUUGACUAGUUCGUUAAAAAGAACUGGUCACAAUUCCGAAACCAAAGCCAAGUCGGUGACUUUUCUCCACGAUUUAGUCACGGGGUGUCAAGUGAAGCCGUGCAUCAACAACAACAACAACAUCCAGUCCGGUAACAACGGCAAGUGUUCGUCGUACAGGAACAACAGCCGAGCGCCGCUACUAGAGACGACGGUGGCCGAAGUAGUGCCGGUGUACGGUGGUUGCAACGCGGCAGAGUCGGGCGGAUACGGUGACGGCGAAGAACACUGGCAGGUGGUGCAGACCGACUUCGAAGUGCCUGCCGGCGGUGACACGGCCAUCCGAUGUGUGGUGCAGCCACCGCCGGACAUGUUGGCCACACAUGUGUGUGUAGAAGUCGGACUGGUCAUGUCGUCGGCCCUACAACAGGUGACGGCCGAACAGAACAGCGAUCCGCCGCAGCCGACGGUGCCCACAGUGGUCGUUUGCAGCGUCGACGUCGAACCUUGUCGUCAGCCGUCGCAACUCCUGUCGAGCGAUGACGACGGCGGCUGCGGCGGCAGCGGUGAUAACGUCAAGACGCCACCGGAAGAUGACGCAAACGACGGUCACCAGGAGGACGACGGCAACAUGUUCGACAGAAUAUCGCAAGACUUGGACUACCUGUUGAACCGCAUUAGCCCCGUGGACGCCGCCUAUUCGCCGUCGUCCUCGUACGUGUGCCUCUCGCCCGCAGCCACGUUGUCCGAGGACGACAACCGGCACAGCCACCACCGCAACCGGAAACCGACGAGCGCCAACCGUCAGGACGUCGGUUACGGUGCCGCGGUACAGAAGCGAACAAACCUCUGAUGGGAAUACGAUUUUUGUUUGUUUUAUUUUUGUCCUAAACCGUUCCUUGAAUUUAUACAGGUUUUUUGUAUGAUUAUUAUUUGAAAUAAGUUGAUUUUCAAACGUUCCUAAAAAGAUAUAAUUUAUUAUAAUAUUAUAAUAUACCUAUAUUUCGUGUUCAGUAAUUUUUUAAGUCGAUUUAAACCGGAAAUAUUGCGCGAGAUCCUACUAUUUCAUUGUGCAUUGAUAUUAACCAUUAAAUAUUAUUGUAAGCGGGCGGUACUAUACCCACCUCCGCGAAUGUCCUAAUACAAAAUAUGUGAUUUUUUUAUCCUUUUUUUUUGUAGUUGUUUUUAUCGGAUUACCUAAUAGUAUUUUAUAUUUAAUCUCAGUGGUCAACUGAACCUAAUUAAAUUAUUAUAACUACUAUUAUUGUUGUCAUUAACACGAUAUCCGUCGAGGUGAAGCGUCUAAAUUAUUAUGUUUAGGAAUAUCCUUUUUUAAACAGUAUUAUUUUGUGAAAAAGAAAUUUUUGUUUACAGUUCUAUUUUUGUUAAGACAAUACAUUUUUAAAACCCUAUAUUAUUAUGAGAGUUAUAACUAAUUA